AUGGCCCAAACAACGGCCGCAUCGAGCGCCGACGCCGACGCUGGCGUGGAGGAGCCUGAACUCCUGUCAGACAGCGAAGACGAGUUUAUGUCAGCCUGCUCCGACCUCAGCAGUGAUGAAGAGGAAGGCGACGAGGUCGAUGGUGAUUCACCCUCUGGGGAUGAUGCUGAUCCUAAUACUGGUGACACUUUUGAUCGUAGCUCUGGUGUCGGGGCUGAUGAUACCAUUUUUAAGACCCCAGCCGCUCGCCGCAGUACCCACGGCUCAUCUCGCGAGGGGAGCCGGCGCCGGCGCUCUCGUGAUCCCGAUCAUGGAGAACCGCGCCGCAUCAGUUUUAACUCGGACAUUUUGCAGCUAGAUGACGACGCUGCCGACUCGUGGCUGGAUCUGCCCCCACCAGGCAGCCACCUGGAUCGCACUCGCUCCCCCAGCUUGACCAGCGAAAUGCUCGAGCAACUCACCCUCGAGUCCCAGCGGAGCCAUUCUGGCCUCGACAUUGUUGAAGAGGUGGAGGAGGUCGUGCCCAUGCCAGCCUCGGCCUCCCAUGCAGCCGCUGCCCUCCGAGCCACUACUCCUCGUCAAAUGGUUCAUUCCGCUCCGCCCACGGUCUUGCCCGAAAAAACACAAACUAACACUGGGCCGGCUGACGACAGUUCUAGCCCAGCCCCCGUCGCCCCGGCCCGCCGCCGCAAGACCAGUCAGCGUCAACAAGCUGGGGUCACGGCUUCCAGUCCAGCAAAUUCCGACAACCACAGCUCCCGUUCUAAACCCACUCCUCGCGUGCUCACGUUACUUCCCCCAGCUUCCGAUGCACCCGCCCCUGUGGCACCGCCUCGCCGACGCCGUCAGAAGAGCACGGAUACUGCCGUAGCACAUGAUUCUACGACAAGUCUCGACAGCGGCAAUCAGACGCCCCUUGGAGCCUCCAUGUCAGCCGAUCCGCUCGGAUCAGCCGAAGCGCUCUCAAGAAGCGUUGCCGAAACGCCUGUCGACCCCACACCCACCGUGAGCCUGGGCAGCAGCCUUGACCAACCAUCUGAAAGCGUGCCCGAGCUAGGGUCGGCUGCCAAGACGACUGCAAGGGCGGCUACUAAAUCUUUUCCCGUCUGCCCUACUGGCAGCGAUGAGGACUUGAGCAAUGUGGCUGUCCUACCGCGCACCGCAUCGGGACGCGUCAUGUCGGAUGACGAUGUCCUUCGUCGCGUUCGCCUCAAAUGCUUGGACACGGGUGAAAUCAUGACCCUCGCCGAGGCGGACGCCAUCCUCCCCAAAAUGCUGAGCCCACUAGCGCUGCAAGUCAUCCGGCGUACCAAUGAACUCAACCUCUCACGCACGCCUUCCACAGACGCUGUCGAUCCCGACAAUGAGGAUGGCACGUCCUCCACAACCCGCUCUCGGGUGAAGCGCGCCCUGUCACGCGCCAAAACCUCGGUUUCCAACGCCAAAAACCGUGCCCUGCGGCGGCUGCAGGACGCACGUGAGAACCGCAACUCGCUUGAUGACGCAGACGGACUGACCAAAGUCAGCUCCCACGUCAAAGACCGCCCACGCGUCUUUCGUUACGUACGCAUGACCCAGGAUAUCCCGGCGGGCCAUCAGGGCUCGAUCUGGGCCAUGCGCUUCAGUGCUGACGGCCGACUCAUGGCCACGGCUGGUCAGGAUCGUCUCGUGCGCGUCUGGGUAGUACAAGAGCACUUUGAGGCUAUGCACGCGAAGCUUCUCAAGGAAACUGCCGAUCCCAGCUUUCGCACUAAGGAUUUUGGGCCCGCCUCAGAAUCGGACGUCUUCCACCCCACGCCGCUGCUCGAGCUACAUGGACAUACGGCCGAUGUCCUUGACGUAUGCUGGGCGCCUUCGGAGGAAAAUCACGUCCUCCUCUCUUCCAGCAUGGACAUGACAGUGCGUCUGUGGCAUUUGCGCCGCUCCAGCCCCGUGGCCACGUUUACACAUAGCGAUUUUGUCACCGCCCUAGCCUUUCAUCCCAAGAAUGAGAUGUAUUUUUUGAGUGGCUCGCUUGACGGCAAGCUUCGGUUGUGGAACAUCAUGCAACGCAAGGUGGUUCAUGAGGCUGAAGUUACGGGUGGUGAAAGCAACCUUGUGACGGCAGCCACCUUCUGCAAGGAUGGUAGCUAUGUUGUGGCCGGCACAUAUGAUGGGCGCUGCGUCUUCUUCAAGACCGCCGCCAAAAUGCGCUACCACACACAAUUGCAGCUCAUGCCGGGCAAGAAGAAGCGUUGCAAAGUCAGCGGCAUCAUGCCUUCGCAUGAUCAGCGCCAGCUCCUUAUCACCACAAAUGAUUCGCGUCUUCGUGUGUUUGAUCUCUCCGACCUGUCUCUCGUCUGCAAGUACAAAGGCUUCACCAAUCAUAGCUCACAGAUUGCAGCCUCCUUCAGGUACUGCGAUGCCCCCCAAACCCCACCCCCUUCCAUACUGGCCAUCCCCACACCACGCCUUUUUACCGCUUACAAUCUCACACGGCCCUCGCUUGUGGACAUGCCGUGCUUGUCUUUUACCAAUAGUUCCAAUGGCGCCUAUAUCGUCUGCGGCUCUGAAGACCAACGCAUUUACCUGUGGGAGUGCCACCGUGAUCCGCCAGCUAACAAUCGACGCUGGCGUCGCGACAAGAAUGGCGAGUACUACGCCUUUGCUGCUCAAGCAGCCGUGACGACCGUGGCCACCUUUGGCUCCAGCCAGCUCCAGGCCAUCACGAAUAGCAUCACCAUUGUCUCGGCUGACUUGACUGGCGCUAUUCGUGUUCAUGUCAACGUGCCCAGAGCAGACUCUCUCAAACGAUGA